AUCGUUGGGGCUGGUAUGGUCGGUAUUGGUGUUGCCAGCGCACUUCUAUUUCAGAAAAUUACAUCUCAUAUUGCUAUUGUGGAUGCAUUUCCGAAAAAACUGGAAGGAGAAGGCAUGGACUUUUCUCAUGGUUCGGUUCUUAUAGGAGAUCCACGAAUCGAUUUUGAUACAGAUUUUUGUGUCACGAGCAAUUCUAGGGUGGUGAUAGUUUGUGCUGGGGUGAGACAAGAAAAGGGUGAAAGUCGUUUAGAUUUAACGAAGCGAAACACUGAUAUAAUCAAGACAAUAAUACCUCCUUUAUUAAGUUUUAGUCCCAACGCAGUUUUCGUUGUUGCCAGUAAUCCAGUCGAUAUUCUUUCAUGGGUAACAUGGAAAGUGAGCGGUUUGCCAUUUCAUCGUAUUAUCGGUAGCGGAACUUACGUAGAUACUUGCAGAUUUCGAUACUUAAUUUCCGAUCGCUUAGGUAUCGCUCCAAGUUCUGUUAAUGCUUAUAUUAUAGGCGAGCAUGGAGAUUCUCAAGUUCCACUUUGGUCGGGAGUAAAUGUCGCAGGUGUGCAAUUUCGUGAUAUUAUUCCGAAUAUUGGUUUGGAAACUGACGAAGAGAAAUGGCACGAAAUUUCCAAAGAAGUAAUGGGUUUAGGUGCGACGAUUAGAUGUUUAAAAGGAUAUUCGAAUAUUGGUAUAGGACUUUGUGUAGCUGAUAUUGUAAAUGCAAUAUUGGGGAAUGCACAACGCGUUAUAACUGUGUCGACUAUGAUUCAAGGACAUUUCGAUAUAUGUCACGAAAUGUAUUUGUCACUACCCUGCGUAAUUGGAGAACAUGGCGUCACAAAGAUAGUGAGACAACGCAUGACUGAAUUCGAGAAGAAGUUAUUUCAAAACUCUGCAAAUAUCGUGUAUAACGUUCAAAAGGAUAUCAAGUUAUAG